AGUUUGUUGGCCCACCUAAAAAACAGCAAGAGGGAAAAAGGCAGUUUUGUUUAAAAUUUCAUUGCUCCUUUUCUCUCUUUGUAAAUGCCUGCGAGCUAUAGCCUACGGUGGUAGAAUAACGCAGUAAUAAAUUCAUCAGUUCUCGACUCUUAAAACCAGCGGCAGGUCUCUUUCGGCGAAGGACCGGACACCUCCAGCGCGUGUUAUUUUUCCUGUGCGGACUGGGGUUCAGGCUGUACCUUUCUCCACACUUCCUCUUAUUCAAAAGGCCGUCACAAAAACGAACACAAUGCACCCUAUCUAAAUACUCAAAGGCGAGGCCUUAGCGCAGGCUGCAUUAUUUACGCCAACAGGUGGAUGGAACGAUGCCCUGUUCCGAGCUGUUCCCUUUGGGAGGGUCACACACCGGGCCCUCGCUCACCAGCUGUGAAUAUUUCAUUCGACAGACGGAGGAGGAUGUCGCGAUGCCAGACAGAAGUGCAAGCCCUGGCCGGCGAGGAGGAAGGAUGUGUACCAGCAGCAGUCCCGAUGACCCCAACUGCACAGCUGAUCUUGGAGCGCACUUCUACGCGGAGCUGUCAUCACACGGCAUUUUAAGGCCGCUGCUGGCCCCUGUGGAAGGCAUGGCGAUGACAGAAGAAGGGACACGCAACUUCGUCGCCCCGAAGGGAGCCUCCUCCAUCGUCAAGCAUUACCUGAGGGAGUCAGGAGCUGAGGUGCACUUCUGUCGCCAAGUCACCCAUGUCCAGCGGAAGGGGCCAGGCUGGGAGGUGUGCGUGGAGGGUGGGCAGGCAGAGAGCUUUGAUGCCGUGGUCCUCACAGUACCUGUCCCUCAGAUCCUCCAGCUGCGAGGCGACGUGCCGUCCUUGAUUGAGGGGAGUCUGCGACAGAAGCUCGAAGCAGUGAGCUACUCCUCCCGCUACGCCCUGGGACUCUUCUACAAGGCUGGCACCCAAAUCAACGUCCCGUGGGCCAUGAAGUACUUCGAGGGCGAUUCCUGUAUCCGCUUCAUCUCCGUCGAUGACAGAAAGCGUGAUAUGGGGUCCCCGAGCAGUGGGCCAUCCCUCGUGGUUCACACCUGCGUAACUUUCGGCCUGAACCACCUGGAGAUGGCCGAGGGGGAGGUGAAGACACUCAUCAUGGCUGAGCUGCAGAAGAUCCUGCCCUGCCUUCCGGAGCCAACCAGCGUUGAGGUCCGAAGAUGGAGGUACUCACAGGUGGUGAACGUGGUGGACGGCAGUCUGGGGCAGAUCACUCUUCACCUGAGUCCCUUACUGGUGUGUGGGGGCGACGGAUUCACAAACUCCAACUUCGAUGGCUGUAUCGAGUCAGCACUGAAAGUUGUUGAGAUUCUGAAGUCCUCACUUUGAAGAUUGGGGGGUUCAAUCUGGAGGGGGGGGGUGGGCAUACUCAUGGAUGAAAAGUGGUACAAGUCACCAGGAUAUCUGUCCUGGGAGGGUCAUUUGGUUCUUGCUGGGUCUGGAUGUCGGAAAAGGACGAGAUCUUCAUGAAACAUGACUUUGACGUUAGGGUCAUUGUCGUCAACCUCGCAGUGACACUUUCACCCUUUCCUGCAGUUCCUGCACAUGUGUCUUGAUGUUUCUUCAUGCUUGGAACAUGUUUGAAAGUCUCCAUUACAUACUGCAGCAUGCGUCACCAUGAGGAGGGGGUGUGGAUUUGUCAGGGAACCCCAGUUGGUGUCAGGGUGCAUUAGUGCUUAAGGCCUGCCAAUGAUUAGGUGAGUGUUCUCUAUGUCUCUAUCACACACAACCCAAAAAAUGAUAUGAGAGUUGGGAGUUCCUUCUACAGCGGGAAGUAGGUUCCCAUUUCAGUGGCAUCCCAUCCAAGGUGUCCCCAGCCCGUGCCCUGUGAUGGACCGGCAUCCCAUCCAGGACGUCCUUUUAUAAACAAAUAAAAUAAUCUGACUGUG